AUGAACUAUGAAAAUUAUGACCCUUUUUUCCCUGACCAACCUGUUGUGGAUCUUUAUCUUCCAAUAUGGGCUAAACUUCCGGGUUUUAAGUCGAAACCGGCUUUCGUUUGGGCUGAAGAUGGCCCAAUUCAGCCUUCAUUUCUCACUUAUGAGGAACUAAAUAGUUCAGCCCAAUGCAUUUCUUCAGAAUUGUUACUUAGUUCAAGAAAAAAUGAUGUUGUUCUUGUUUUAUGUUCACCAGGACUUGAAUUUGUUGAAGUGAUUUUUGGGUGUCAAAGGGCUGGUGUUUUAGCUGUUCCUAUUAGCCCUCCUCACCCAUCUUUCACGAACGAUAAUUGGCAUCAUUUACUUAGAGUUGUGUCCCAAACAAGGCCUAGAGUUGCUAUAGCACAACGCGAUUACAUCAAACAUGUUGAGAAGUAUGUUGCAUCGUCGAGUAAUAAUAAUAAGUUGUCUGAGGCUUUACAGAAUCUUCGAUGGAUUUCAACCGAGGAUUUGAAGGGAAAGAAAGUGACUAUGCAGUUGGAAAAUGUGAACUUUGGUGUUGGUUUUAGUUACAAUGGUUGCAAUGCUGAUGAUGUAUAUUUGAUUCAGUACACUUCUGGUGCAACUGCUAUUCCUAAGCCUGUUUUGUUGACUGCAGGCUCUGCAGCUCAUAAUGUUAGAGCCGCGAGGAAAGCUUAUGAUUUUCACCCGAAUACAGUUGUUGUUUCGUGGUUGCCUCAGUACCAUGAUUGUGGACUCAUGUUUCUGUUGUUGACACUUGUGUCAGGGGCAACAUGUGUGUUGACAUCUCCGAAUGCAUUUGUCAAUCGUCCUAGGAUAUGGCUUGAACUGAUUUCGGAGUUCAAAGCAACUUGCACUCCGGUUCCUUCAUUUGCUUUACCACUCGUGUUGAAGCGUGGUCAUGCUGGAGCAACUGAUGCAGGUACUGUUAAUCCUAUCAGUAUGUUGAGCGUGAAGAAUUUGAUCAUCAUUAACGAGCCAAUUUACAACGACUGUGUUGAAGAAUUCGUUGAAGUUUUUAGGCCUUUCGGGCUAAAUCCUUCAGCAAUUUCUCCCUCAUAUGGCUUAGCUGAAAAUGGCACAUUUGUUUCAACAUCAUGGAGAAGUAGUAACUUUGACAAAUUUUCGACAUACAAAAAGCUCUUGCCAAGUGCUAGACUUGAUCAUGAAGAUGUUGACAUUGAAAUUUUAGUUGUGAAUGAAGAAACAAAUGAGAUUGUGGAAGAUGGAGUUGAAGGAGAAAUAUGGAUUUCAUCUCCUAGCAAUGCUACUGGAUAUUUAGCACAUCCAUCUUUAACUCAACAAGUGUUCAAUGCCAGACUUAAAAACAAGGCGGGAAAAUGCAACAUUCGAACAGGUGAUAGAGGAGUUGUCGAAGGAGAAGAAAGGUUUUUAUACGUGACAGGUCGAUGCUCAGACAUUAUCAAACUCCCAAAUGGACAAGAAAUACAUCCACAUUACCUGGAGACAUCAGCUUAUAAUAGUUGUCCCAAUUUCCUACGAGGAGGUUGUGUUGCAGCAUUCGACAUGUCUGAAUCUGAAUACACAUCUGUAGCUGUUGUCGCGGAGGUGCAGAGCAAAGGUGAAAUAGAGAGUGACAUGUUUUUGAAGCAAGUAUGUGAAGGUAUAAGAAAAGCCACAAUGAAAGAAGAGAAUGUUGGAAUUGGACUUGUGGCACUUGUCAAAGUUGGAAGUGUACCAAAGACAACUUCUGGGAAAAUACAAAGAUGGCUUGCUAAGUACAAAUUUAUGAAGUCACAUAUGAAUAUUAUCAGGCAAAUGAAGUUUGAUAACAAUGAUAAUGUUCAAAGCACAAUGCAAAAAAUGAUACAAAUUGAAAAAAAAGAGUAUAAAAAGGGAAACAAAAUGCUAAUUGUGGAAGAGGAAGAAGGGAUUUAUUUUGCUCCAACAAAUAGGACUUUGAAAUCUUCUCUUUAA